UGUGUGUCGAGCUGGAUUCGCUGCCAACAUCUUUUUUAUCGUUAUAUUUUUUUUUUUCCCAAACAAGUUCGCCCUCAAGAUUCGACGAGAAGCUGAAGUAAUCACUUGAAAAACAAGAAGGAUUUCUUCUCAAUAUUGCCGACCUGGUAAUGUUUACUCUAUAGCACUACUUACAAGUAUCUUGUUAAAGCUCAUGCGAAGUGGUUGUGAAAAAUGUCCAUUUCGCCUUCACUCUCUGUACCCAAUCCUUCGCCUUUCUCCACCAGGCAAGUCAAACCCUACCAUAACUUUCACAAAUUCUCUUUCAUAUCUAAAACCCAAGGCUUUCUAUUCCAUCGGGGAUUCUUCUCCGGCGACCGGAUAUUACAACUUGAACCCUUAAAGGCCAGAGCCAAGACCAGGGAGCUAGUCCUUGGUAACCCCUCGGUGACGGUGGAGAAAGGAAAGUACAGCUACGACGUUGAAACGUUAAUCAACAAGCUCAGUAGCCUGCCUCCCCGAGGCAGCAUUGCUCGGUGUCUAGAUUCCUUUAAGAAUAAACUCUCCUUGAACGAUUUUGCGUUGGUAUUUAAGGAGUUCGCACAGCGCGGCGACUGGCAACGUUCGCUGCGUCUUUUCAAGUAUAUGCAGCGCCAGAUAUGGUGUAAGCCCAACGAACACAUCUACACCAUUAUGAUUACUUUGUUGGGCAGGGAAGGCUUGCUUGAUAAGUGCAGCGAGAUAUUCGACGAGAUGCCUAGCCAAGGGGUGCCCCGGAGCGUGUUCUCUUACACGGCGGUUAUCAAUGCCUACGGUCGAAACGGUCAGUAUCAGACUUCGCUCGAGCUUCUUGAUAGAAUGAAAAAGGAGAGGGUUUCACCGAGCAUAUUGACAUACAACACUGUCAUAAAUGCUUGUGCUAGGGGUGGGUUGGAUUGGGAGGGUUUAUUGGGGUUGUUUGCUGAAAUGCGGCAUGAAGGGAUACAGCCGGAUGUUGUUACUUAUAAUACCUUGCUUAGUGCCUGUGCUAAUAGGGGCCUAGGUGAUGAAGCUGAAAUGGUGUUUAGAACCAUGAAUGAAGGUGGGAUAGUUCCUGAUAUAACAACGUACAGUUAUCUUGUUGAGACAUUUGGGAAAUUGAAUAAACUCGAGAAGGUUUCAGAGCUUCUUAGAGAAAUGGAAUCUGGGGGUAAUUUGCCAGAUGCAACAUCUUAUAAUGUGCUAUUAGAAGCUUAUGCACGGUCAGGUUCUAUCAAAGAGGCAAUGGGCGUGUUUAGGCAGAUGCAGGGAGCAGGUUGUGUGCCAAAUGCAGCAACGUAUAGUACUCUAUUGAAUUUGUAUGGAAGGCAUGGGAGGUAUGAUGAUGUUCGUGACCUUUUCCUCGAAAUGAAAGUGAGCAACACAGACCCAGAUGCCAGCACUUAUAACAUCCUCAUUCAGGUCUUUGGGGAGGGUGGAUAUUUUAAGGAGGUGGUUACUUUGUUUCAUGAUAUGGUAGAGGAGAAUAUUGAACCAAAUAUGGAGACUUAUGAGGGUUUGAUAUUUGCUUGUGGAAAGGGAGGGCUUUAUGAAGAUGCCAAGAAGAUUCUACUUCAUAUGAACGAGAAGGGAAUAGUGCCAAGUUCUAAGGCUUACACCGGGGUAAUUGAAGCAUAUGGACAAGCUGCACUAUAUGAAGAGGCUCUAGUUGCAUUUAACACUAUGAAUGAAGUGGGAAACAGACCAACUAUUGAAACCUACAACUCACUAAUUCAUACAUUUGCAAAGGGGGGACUGUACAAGGAAUCAGAAGCAAUUUUAUCGAGGAUGGGUGAGUCUGGUGUACCACGUGAUGUGCAUUCAUUCAAUGGUUUGGUUGAGGCUUUCAGGCAAGGAGGUCGGUAUGAAGAAGCUGUGAAAGCUUAUGUUGAGAUGGAAAAAGCGAACUGUGAUCCUAAUGAGGUGACACUUGAAGCUGUUUUGAGUGUAUACAGCUCUGCAGGUCUUGUUGAUGAGAGUGAGGAACACUUUCAAGAAAUUAAAGCUUCAGGAAUACUGCCCAGUGUCACUUGCUACUGUAUGAUGUUAGCUCUCUAUGCAAAGAAUGAAAGGUUGAAUGAUGCCUAUGGUCUGCUUGAAGAUAUGAUCACUAUGAGGGGAUCAGAUAUCCAUCAAGUGAUUGGCCAAAUGAUCAAGGGAGAUUAUGAUGAUGACUCUAAUUGGCAGAUUGUAGAGUAUGUCUUGGACAGACUUAACUCUGAAGGAUGUGGAUUGGGAAUGAGGCUUUAUAAUACACUUUUAGAAGCUCUAUGGUGGCUGGGCCAGAGAGAAAGGGCAGGAAGAGUGCUCAAUGAAGCAUCAAAACGAGGGCUGUUCCCUGAACUUUUCCGUAAAAGCAAACUAGUGUGGUCUGUGGAUGUACACAGGAUGUGGGAAGGAGGUGCGUUAACAGCACUAUCAAUUUGGUUGAAUGAUAUGCAGGAUAUGUUCAGGAGUGGCGAGGAUCUGCCUCAGCUUGCAACAGUUGUUGUGGUUAGGGGCCAAAUGGAGCAAAGCGCAGUUGCCCAAGAUUAUCCUAUUGCAAAGACUGCCUUUUCAUUCCUGCAGGAGAUUUCAUCCUCCUUAACAUUUGCUGGAUGGAACAAAGGUCGAAUUGUCUGCCAGCAGUCACAGCUGCGGCGAAUUCUGUCGGGCAGUGAAUCAUCUUCAAAAAAGGCCAAGAAAGAUAAAUUAAUUACUCUAAAUAACUCUCCCUUGACUCUUCCAGGAGGAAGAACUUCCAAAUCGGGUGUGCAGGCUGGUAAAGUUAAUACUUUUGAUUCUAGAACAGAAACUAGUACAAGAACUGAGCUUCUCGCUGGUGCAGUUUAAAGAAAUAGAGACAUACAUUCAUUGCUUUCCAAUCCAUGCGCAAUUAUGUUUGACUGUAAAUGAAGAUUAGGGCACAUAUUUGUUAAAUUAAUGUUCCUAAGCAGGCUGUCUUUCAGCCUGCCAAAAUUUUGGUAUAUAAAAUUUUCAAGGUACCUGAGCAAAGUUCAGUGAGAUAUGAGCACCAGUCUUCACGAGUUUAUUGA